AUUGGAUAAUUCAGAAUGGAUGCGUAAUGGUGAUUAUACACCAACUAGACUUGAAGCACAAAAAGAUUGUGUAAAUCUUUUAUUUGGAUCAAAAAUUCAAGCUAACCCGGAAAACACUGUAGGUUUAUUGACUAUGGCUGAAGUUCUUGUAACUUUAACUUCUGAUGUUGGUAAAAUAUAUUCUGCAUUACAUAACAUUAAAAUCGGUGGAAAACCAAAUCUAACAACUGGUAUUCAAGUUGCACAGCUUGCACUUAAACAUCGACAAAAUAAAAAUCAAAAACAACGCAUCAUAGUUUUUAUUGGCAGUCCAAUUGAUAUUGAAAAGAAUGCAUUAGUAACGUUGGGUAAGAAAAUGAAAAAAAAUAAUGUUGCAGUGGAUAUUAUUAACUUUGGAGAAGAAUCAGAGAAUAAUUCAAAAUUAGAAGCAUUCAUAAACGCUGUCAAUAGUGGUGAUAACAGUCAUAUUUUAACAGUUCCACCAGGACCUCAUAUACUUAGUGAUGCAUUAUUAUCAUCGGCUAUAUUAGCGGGAGAAGAUGGUGUUCCUGCUGGUUUUGCCGCAGGCGGCGGAAAUAGCUUUGAGUUUGGUGUUGAUCCUAAUCUUGAUCCCGAACUUGCUUUGGCUUUACGUAUUUCACUAGAAGAAGAGAAGGCAAGACAGGAAGCUAAAGCAGCAGAGGUAUCCACCACUUCAAAUUCUAAUCAAGAAGCCGAGUCAUCAACAAUGGCUAUUGAUCAAACAAUCGGAGGCGGCAGUACUGAUAAAGCUGAACUUAGUACAAUUAUUAACACAGAAAAUCAAACUGAUGAUGUACAUAUGGAGGAACUUACCGAGGAUGAACAGAUGGCUCGUGCAUUACAAAUGUCAAUGCAAGGAGAUGGUGAAUCUAAUGUUAAGAUAACAACGGAUGAUUAUAAUGUUAUGCAAGAUCCAGAAUUCAUGAGUGAACUGCUUCAAUCUUUACCAGGAGUUGAUCCUAAUGAUCCACAAAUUAGAAAUGCUUUACAAGGUAAAUGUGAUGCAUUAAAUUUCACAAUAGCAACAACGGUUGCGUGA